UGAGCAAACCGUUUUAUUCUUUAUGCUAUUGAUACAGUGAAGAGCUAAAGCAUACAGUGUUCGUGCUCGGAACAGUGCGUGAGGUCGAUAUCUCAACCGCUCGACGUGUGAGAAGUCUCUGACUUUAUCAUGUUUAUUGUCGAGACUUCAUAAACUUUAUCAUAUUCUGAAAACAACCGCAUUGAUUAGAAAUUCAAAGUGAAUCCUCCUAAAUCUUUACUGCGAAUAAAUUCGUAAUGUUAGUUGGGUGAACAUAUGACGACGAAGGUAUAAAGACAUAUAACCACUCCGAUCUUGGAACACUUGCUUCAAAACUUCCUUCAGAAGGAACUUGUCUUGGGCUAACCGUUGUUUACGAGGUUCAAGGGCGUUGCUGUUGACUUGCAAGAAGCUCGACUUCAAAUACAGGUGAGGCUCACCCUCGCAGCCGCAAAGCCAUGCAGAACGGUAAGGAAGUCGACCCCGCUGUUGACGGGAUACACGUAACAACCAUCUCCUCCCCGACCUCCUCUGCUACCAACGGAAUGAUGCCAUCCACUCGUUACGAGGUGGAGGACGAUGCGGAGGAUGCGGCAAGGAAAGAGGCGGAUGAAAUCCUCGCUAAACUCAAGGGUGAUAUCUCGUACGGGAUCGAAGACACACCGGCAUGGUAUACAUCUAUAUUACUCGGCUUUCAGCAUUAUUUGACAAUGAUUGGUUCGACUAUCGCCAUCCCGCUCAUCCUCGCGCCGUCCCUGUGCAUCAGCGAUGACAACGUCGCCUUGGCCGAGGUCAUCGCGACCAUGUUCUUUGUGUCCGGGGUGGCGACCCUCCUACAAACAUUCAUCGGUAACAGAUUACCCAUCGUACAGGGCGGUACAUUCUCGUUUUUAGCUCCCAGUUUUGCCAUUUUAGCUUUGAAAGGUGAAUGCUUAGCUCCACUUCCAGAGAAUUCCACGGAUGUGCCGCCUGAGGUGCUCGCAAACAGGACCGAGUUCUGGAGGGGGAGAAUGAGGGAACUUCAGGGAGACAUCAUGGUUGCUUCGUGCUUUCAGGUUAUCAUCGGUAUCACAGGAGGGAUCGGGUUCUUGCUCCGGUUUCUCGGACCCCUAGUAAUCGCCCCUACCAUCGCUCUUAUUGGUCUUUCUCUCUUCCCUGCUGCGGCUAGUUUUGCGGGUUCACACUGGGGUAUAGCAUUUUUUACUAUUGGAUUAAUGGUCCUGUUUUCCCAGUACUUGUCACGUGCAUACAUCCCAUUCUGUACAUUUUCGAGAUCGCAGCAUAAACUUCGACUAGUCAAGAUGUACAUCUUCAGAUUAUUUCCUGUGAUUUUGGCGAUACUUCUUUCAUGGGCUUUCACCUACAUCCUUACAGUGUAUGAUGUUUUUCCAGACAGUCCGGAUGUUUAUGGAUACCCGGCAAGAACGGAUAUCCGAACUUCGGUUCUUCAAGAUGCCCCUUGGUUUAGAUUCCCUUAUCCAGGUCAAUGGGGUCUUCCUACCCUCACUGUUGCCGGAGUCUUCGGCAUGCUAGCAGGCGUUCUUGCAUCAAUGAUCGAGUCUGUAGGUGACUACUACGCAUGCGCAAGACUAGCUGGAGCCCCUCCCCCUCCAACUCAUGCGGUAAAUCGAGGUAUAUUCAUCGAAGGCUUUUCGUGUGUACUCGCUGGAGCUAUCGGCUCGGGGAACGGGACAACAUCGUACAGUGAAAACAUAGGCGCCAUUGGUAUAACAAAGGUUGGUAGUAGGAGAGUAAUUCAAACCGGUGGAGCAAUCAUGGUCCUGAUUGGAUGUCUACCGAAGUUCUCAGCCAUCUUCGUCACCAUUCCUGAUCCGAUUGUAGGAGGGAUGUUCUUCGUUAUGUUUGGCAUGGUGGCAGCGGUGGGCUUAUCAAACCUUCAGUAUGUUGAUCUUAACUCCUCAAGAAAUAUCUUCGUUCUUGGCUUUGCCAUAUUUUCUGGCCUCUGUGUGCCGAGUUGGAUCGAGACUGGAAACAACAGAGAUUACAUUGCCACAGGCAUCCCUGAAAUAGAUCAAAUCAUCAUUGUUCUCCUCAGCACCAGUAUGUUUGUUGGAGGUUUCUUUGGUUUCAUCCUCGACAACACUAUACCAGGAACCGCAGAGGAGAGGGGAAUUGACAAAUGGCAACGCAUCACCGGAGAUGGGGAGGCUGGCACGGUCAACGAAAGGGUGUCUGAACUCGUUAACAAGUGCUACGAGCUCCCGUGGCUGUUGACGCAGAUUGUCAAUAGGGUACCCUGUUUCUAUUAUUUGCCAUUCUGCCCGAACUUCGUUGGUUGCUGUAAACGACGGAAACGAUCUGACCCGGAACAACCAGAAGCCAUAAACGCCGUAUCUACUACAACACCACUUUGAAUCAUCUUCCAACAUGCUGAUAGAUAAAACAAGGUAUUCUUGCUCGUGUCCAACGUAGAGGGCGGCUAAUCGCCAAUGGUCAUCCACCGAAUUGGAAGUUUGCGAAGGAUUUUAGAACAGGGCGGGUCGACUACUGUUUGAUAUUUAAGCAGGCCAAUAUUAACUUUAUGACAACAUAUUAUUAAAAUAUAUUUAAACUUAUCUUUAAAAACAGGUAGAGUCAAAGACCAAAAUAAUGCCUAUUUUCACCCUUCAUGAAAACUUUCGCUAUUGCUCUCUAAAUUUAUUGGAAGUAAAUCAGUAUUAUUUACGACAAGUUGAUAGGGUUUUGGUAACUUAUUGCAAGUUUGGUUUUAUAAUUCAAAAUUAUUGUGGCAUAAUCAUGUUCAGAUUAAGGCCUUAAGAGAAUAACGAUUUUGGAAUCAAUCAUAAUUUAUUACGAUCAAGCAUUUUGAGGCUGAUAUCAGCAUGAAAUUGCACUUGUUGGAUGAUAAAAAAAUAAGAUUUCCACUCUUUUUUUUCUAAAAAAACAAAAUGGUUUGAUAACUUGUGGAGUAGAUGUCUGUGAUUUAGUUUGUAGCAUGGUAAUUAUGAUCACAGGCCACUUUUUUUUAUAUAUAUAAUCAUGAUAACAAUCAUUUAUUCCCGCUUUGUCUUUCACAUUUUAAAAUGAAUCACCCUUUUGUUGUGAUGGAAUCGGUGCCAUUUUUAUGAAUUUUGAUAUAUAUUUUUUUAUGUUUUAUGGAACAUUAAUUUUCAUAUAGGAUGUCAAUUAUGCACAAAAAAUUAUGUAUAUCCUUAGAAGUCAAUUAUUUCAAAUAGGUUGCAAUGUUUCAGGGGCGAGUAUAUUGAUUUUAAUGCAGUGAAAAUAAAUUAUUUUCCUAGAGAAAAUGUGACCCCCUCCUUUUGGAAAAUCAUAGAUCCUCACCGACUUCUUUCGAACCUUAUCUCUAAUACCAAAAUUAUAUGCAGCCCGAUGUACUGGCUAAGAUUGAUAAUAAUAAUAAUAAUACAUGAGAUUUGUAUUGUGCAUUUUCCAUCUUCAUUAGAUGCUCAAGGCCCUUCAGAGCAGAACAACAAAAACUAUUUCCAUUUAAUGCAUGCAUGUCUG